GCCCUAAGUUUGUUUGACUAAUGUGCAAGCUCACCAACUUCCUAAUAUGAUUCAAUUAUCCCUGAAUUGCCACCAUUGAUAUCACAGAGCACCAUUCUCUCCCUCUCUGUAAGAUUUGAGAAAAGUGAGAAAACAUGAGUGAGGUGAAUCACCAAAGGAUCAAAACCAAUGGAAUAUGGAUGCACAUAGCAGAGCUAGGGACAGGGCCACUAGUGCUCCUUCUUCAUGGAUUCCCAGAAAUUUGGUAUUCAUGGCGCCAUCAAAUUACCUUUUUGGCCAAACAUGGUUAUCAUGUGGUGGCUCCUGACUUGAGAGGUUAUGGUGACUCUGAUUGCCCUCUGAGUCCGAAUUCCUACACAGUAAUACAUCUUGUGGGUGACCUCAUAGGACUUCUUGACCAUUUUGGUGAACAACAGGCAUUUGUGGUGGGACAUGACUGGGGAGCAAUUGCCGGGUGGCAUCUGAGCUUGUUAAGGCCUGACAGAGUCAAGGGGCUAGUUACUCUAUCUGCUCCAUACUUCCAAAGAUCUCCAAGUUAUGGAGUUGUUGAACAUUUCAGAAAAAUGUUCGGAGAUGGGUGUUACAUCUGUCAGUUUCAGGAACCAGGAAGAGCAGAAAGAGCUUUUGCAAGGUAUGAUUAUUUGACAGUGAUGAAGAAGUUUCUGUGCCUAACUAAGACAGACUACCUGGUCGCUCCUCUGGGUAUGGAGAUCGUUGAUUAUCUGGAGACACCAUCGAUGUUGCCAAAAUGGAUUACUGAAGAGGAACUCCAGGUCUAUGCAGACAAGUUCCAGGAAUCUGGCUUCACUGGUCCUCUCAAUUAUUAUCGUGCUAUGAACCUGAACUGGGAGCUUCUGGCAACAUGGCAUGGAUCAAAGAUUACUGUUCCAACAAAAUUCAUAGUAGGUGAUAAAGAUAUCGGUUUCGAAUCCAUUGGUACAAGGGAAUAUGUGACGGGGGAUGCUUUCAAGAGACUUGUCCCUGACCUCGAUGUUGUUAUUCUUGAUGGUCACCAUUUUAUACAACAGGAGAAAGCUCAAGAAGUCUCGGACGAAAUUUUGUCCUUCCUUUGCAAAUUUACUACGGUUUAAUAGAUUGAAUACUUGUAUUUAAAAGUAUUUAAACAAAA